AUGGUUUCUUCCAGUGUCGUUUCUCAAUUUGAAGAUGAUACAAAAACUAAAGAGCGUUUUAAAGAACUCUUAGAAGCCUGCCGGUCGGGAGAUCUCGAAAAAUUCGAAAUUUUUCGGUGCCCAUCAACGCUUCUGAUGAAUGGCAACGUUCGCCUCUUUACUGCGCAUGUUUAUGGCAAUGGUCAUUAUACAGUUGUUUCUUUUUUGCUCGAAAACGGAGCAAAAUGUGAGAGUGAAACUUUUGAAGGUGAAAGAUGUCUAUACGGGGCUCUCACAGCUAAAAUUCGGGGAUUAUUGUUGACUUACAAAUUCACUAAAGCAGUGGAUGAAAGUCAAUCUUAUCGCAACGUACUGGCACGUUUAUACGAUAAUCCAUUGGAACAUUUCAGCGAUAUUACCCUGAAAGUGAGAUCGAGCUCAUUCCCAAUCAUGGCAACCAAUAAUAUUAAUUAUGAAAGAUUAUAUUCGGGAAAUAUUGUAGAACUUUAUGCGCAUAGAUUUAUUCUUUGUGCGAGAUGUCCUUAUUUUUCUGAAAGACUAAAUACACGUAAUAAUAAUCAGCAUCACCAAUUUUCAUCAAAUGAUCAACAUCACCGAGUCUCAUUUGAGAUUUCACAAGCAGUUGAUCCAACAUGUUUUCAAGCUGUCCUUCGAUACAUAUAUACAAGCAAGGUAGUACAGAUUCCAGAGCGUUUGUUCAUAAAAAUGGUUGAUUUAUGCCAGCUUUUUGGACUUAAAAAUUUGCGUAAAAAGUAUACAAAUAAAAGUGCAGUUUCCAAGCUUUCUACUAGUCAACUUGAUAAAGAAUUGCAACUAGAGAUUGAUAGAUUUUCUGACAAUAAUUCAUCCGAGCAUCAAAAGCCUUAUCCCGACAUGUAUCUAAGAGUUGAGAACACUUUAUACCCGUGCCACAGAGUAAUGUUGAGUACUCGUUCAGAAUACUUUAAUAUUUUACUCAAUGGUCCUUUCGCAGAAGGAUUAUCCAAAACUAAAGAAUACGAUUUGCCAACCAUUACAUUAUCCAAAUGCACUUGUGAAGUUCUAGAAUUAAUACUAGAAUUUAUUUACACUGAUAAAUGCGAGAAAAUUCUGCCGAAUGUUGCGUAUGAGCUUCUCGUGACUGCGGAUAUGUUCCUAUUUGACAGAUUGAAAACUUUGGCGGCAAUUGUGCUCACAAACCAAAAAGGGCCAAUCGACGAUAUUUAUGAGCUGAUGCGCAAAGCAAUCGAUUUGAAAAUUGAUCGGCUGGAACAAUACUGUUGCCGUUGGUUCGCCGAACAUCUUAAAGACGUUUUGCAUGACGAACGAUUUUUGAAUUUGGUUAAAGAAUCGGCACAGUCUAUUCAAAAUCGACAAGCAACCGAUACAAUUCCUCUUAUUGAUGAUUUACGUUAUUGGCUUGCCAAAAAACAUAGGGAGGCAGAGUAUAACCGAAAAUUGGCGCAAAUUGAUGCUAUAUUGGAACAACUGGAUUUAGACGCUUAG